AUGGAGGUGGAGGAACUGAGUGGACCUCAGUCCAUCAGAAUCAAUGAACCUUAUAGAUUCAUCAGCAUCUCAGAGGGAGGAAUAUACAGCUGCAGAGGAAGAAGAGGAGAUCCAGUUUUCUACACUGAAAGCAGCAAUAAAGUCUCUGUAAGGAAAACUGUUUCCAUUAAACCUACUGUGACUCUGCAACACAACUGGUCUCCAAUAUUCAGAGGAGAGACAGUCACUCUGAGAUGUGAGAUCCAUGGAGGUGGAGGAACUGAGUGGACGUAUGAAUGGAGACCAACAAGCAGAAACUCUGAAACAUUCAAUGAAUCCAGGACCAUAAGAGCAGACAGUGACUCCUACAGCUGCAGAGGAAGAAGAAACUAUGAGUUAACUCAAUGGAGUGAUUCUUUUUCAUUAACUGUUGCAGAAAAACCAAGAGCCAAACUGACAGCAGAGGAAACCAUCAUACCAGCAUGGGGCAGUAUAACACUGACCUGCUCUGUGCCCAGCUCUGCUGGAUGGAAGUUUUACUGGUUCAGACAGGAGUCAUUGUAUCAUGCAGCUCAGUCCAUCAGAAUCAAUGAACCUGAUAGAUUCAUCAGAGUCUCAGAGGGAGGAAUAUACAGCUGCAUAGGAGGAAGAGGAGAUCCAGUUUUCUACACUGAAAGCAGCAAUAAAGUCUCUGUAAGGAAAACUG